GGAAACAAACAAGGUUAGGCAUGGAUGGGACUGAGCUAGGGGUCGAGGGGACUGAGUUAGAGGUGGAGGGGACUGAGAUAGGGGUGGAGGGGACUGAGUUAGAGGUGGAGGGGACUGAGUUAGGGGUGGAGGGGACUGAGUUAGGGGUGGAUGGGACUGAGUUAGGGGUGGAUGGGACUGAGUUAGAGGUGGAGGGGACUGAGUUAGGGGUGGAGGGGACUGAGUUAGGGGUGGAGGGGACUGAGUUAGAGGUGGAGGGGACUGAGUUAGGGGUGGAGGGGACUGAGUUAGGGGUGGAUGGGACUGAGUUAGGGGUGGAUGGGACUAAGUUAGAGCUGGAGGGGACUGAGUUAGGGGUGGAUGGGACUGAGUUAGAGGUGGAUGGGACUGAGUUAGAGGUGGAUGGGACUAAGUUAGGGGUGGAGGGGACUGAGUUAGAGGUUGAGGGGACUGAGUUAGGGGUGGAUGGGACUGAGUUAGAGGUGGAGGGGACUGAGUUAGAGGUGGAUGGGACUAAGUUAGAGGUGGAUGGGACUAAGUUAGGGGUGGAGGAGUAGAAUGUCAGGAAGAUCAGAUUAUCUGGUAUUUGGACGGUGAAUGGGAUAGAUGAUCUGGUAUUUGGACGGUGAAUGGGAUAGAUGAUCUGGUAUUUGGACGGUGAAUGGGAUAGAUGAUCUGGUAUUUGGACGGUGAAUGGGAUAGAUGAUCUGGUAUUUGGACGGUGAAUGGGAUAGAUGAUCUGGUAUUUGGAUGGUGAAUGGGAUAGAUGAUCUGGUAUUUCUCUCUAUUGGACAAUGAUUAUCCAUUAUGUCAGCUCAG